GUUAGUGUUAGUAUGCUAAUAUGUUAGUGAAUUAAAUUCGAUUAAAAUGGCUAGUCGAACUGCGAGUGUUGUUCGUCAAGUGAGACCGAUUUUAUCUAUUAAUCGAGAAGAUGCGCGUCGAAAAGUGCUUACGUUGUACAAAGCGUGGAUCCGUCAAGUACCAAUCUCAUUAUUAUCUUACGAUAUUCCCAAAAGUGAAGCAGAUUGUAAACGAAAGAUACGUGAGGAGUUUAAGCGUCAUGUUCAUCUUACUGAUUUACGGAUUAUAGACAAACUUAUUAUAAAGGGUCAAAUGGAAUUGCAAGAAGUAGCUAAUGUGUGGAAACCUACAGGAGCACUUAUGCAUUAUUGGAAAGAAACGUGGGAAAAAAAGCCAACUGAUUUCAUGUCAAAAUUUCUCAGUGGUCAGGAUUAAUUUAUUCUGCCAUUAGUUUACGAGAUGCAUCAUAGAGAAACAUGAUUAUGUAUAA